AUGAAUCACAACGGGUCUGCACAUGCAAUCUUCCUGAAUAUUGAGGCUAACAAGGAGAAUAUCCCACCGGGAGCCGAAUUCAAAAAGGACUCAUUCGUCCUCCCGGAGCCACGUGUCAACCGCUCAACAGAUCCAGACCAUGACAGCCUGAUCCCGUCCCCAGUCCCUCGACCAUCUCCUGCAACAUCUCAACUUUCAGACGCCUCAUUCCUCUCGCAAGAUGGAGCAACGGUCACUACGAGUGCCGAUGAGGCAGAGGAUGAUCUGGAAUGCACGUCGAGAAAGGAGAAAAGUUUGGGAUUGUUGUGUCAGAGGUUCUUGAUUGCUAUCAAUGAAGAGACAACUGGAUCACCGACUAACGAGGUUCAUCUGGAAACGGUGGCUAGGAAAAUGAGCGUUGAAAAGCGAAGAAUUUACGAUAUUGUCAAUGUGAUGGAGGCUCUGGACGCUAUGCAGAAAACCAACAAAUCCUACUAUAAGUGGCAAGGACUCGAAUUACUUCCAAAACUUAUGUCUGAGCUGCAGAACGAAGCAAUCGAGGAGGGCCUACCAGAGCGUGUUCUGCGAGUCGAGCAAGCCAUGUGCUCAUUCACUGAAUUGGCUUCUCCACGUGGAUCGAAGCCUGGUGGAUCCAAGGAUACUGUCGGCUCGUUUGUCGGUGGAAGCACCACUUCAACACCAACCACUCCAAGCACUUCUUUCGAUUCAGUGACCGUGAAGACGGAGUUAUUGGAAAAAAGAUCGAGAGUGGACACACGAGACAGACAGGGACGAAACUCGUUGGCUCAGCUGUGCAGACGCUUUUUGAUGGUCUUGUUGAGUAAUCCAAAAAAUGUCCGAAAAGUGAGUCUCGACGUCGCCAGCACAGUUCUCAUCAAAGACCCAGAAACCGAAGGAUUUGAGCCGCCAAGCAGAAGCCGGUGCAGAAGACUUUAUGACAUUGCCAACGUAUUAGUUGCUCUCGGACUCAUCAAAAAGGUGCACUAUCUAUUUGGAACGAAGAAGAUCCCUCUCUUCGUCUACUGUGGACCUGAACCAGAUGAGAACGCGUCGUUUGACGUCUUCCAAUCAGUUGAGCGCCUUCUGAGCAGCCCUCAAAACAUCCCACAAACUCCAAUCAUCAAGGCACAAACCGACAAAAUAGUACAGCAACUUGCCGGUUUUGGAAAGAGAACUUUGUCAGAGCAAAACUUGGCCAAGAGAACUGGAAACACUCCAAAAAUGGCGAAGAUGAAGUCAGAAGCGGUUCCGAUAUCGCCUAUGCCUGAUGAGAGUAAACUGUUUAUGUUCGCAGAGUUGGCAGCUGUUGCAAAGUAUCAAGAGGAUAUUGCAAAGUUUAGGAGUCUAAUGAGACCAGUAGCUCCAAUGGCUCCAAUGAUUUCAACGCCACCACCACAAUCCUCCCAGCAACCAAUCACUCCUUCAGUGGUUCCGCCACUUCCAAUGGCGCCGCUCCAGAUUCCAGACUUCACCAAGCUCCCUCCACUGGUUUUCCCAUCAAUUCCGAACAACAACACGAAUUUCUCAUUCUCGGACUACGCACCUGCUCCGCCAACACUCCGACCGCUGGUCUCACAGAUGACGUUCCGACCGGAGUGUUUCGAUGAUAAACCAAAACAUUUAAUGUCGAAUAUUCUGGGAGACUCAAGAAAAUAUCAAAACAGUCAGAACACUUUCGAACACACAACAUCAUCUGCAUUCCAGGUUGUGACCAAGAAAGGGGAGAACACCCGGCCAAAGUAA